AUGUCUUAUGAUUGCGUUCAGAAUGAUCGAGAAAUUGAAGAUAAGUUCUCAAAUCUUCGUGUAGCUGAUGGCCCAGUUUCUGAACCAAGUGAGCUAGAGCGAAAGUACGUGCCUCCGCAUCUACGUGGCGGGUAUGAUUACAAUGGUGGGUUUGAAAACGAUAAACCCCGCUAUGGUGGUGGGAGCCGUGGAGCCUAUGGUGGUGGUCGGGGAGGUUACGAUAGCAGCUACAGUCGUGGUGGUCGAGGCCGUGGUGGAGUUAGUGGUAGUGGAAGUUAUGCUUACGGCAAUCGCAACGGUGGCGGAUACAAUUAUGAUAGGGGCUUCAGACGACCAGAUUCUGGCUUUGGUGGAUCCUCACGGCGCUCUUAUGAUGAAAGUGGUUCCGUUGAUUGGUCACAACAGUUGCCUCGUAACGAACGCCUUGAAAAAGAACUUUUUCACAAAGUUAACACGGGCAUCAACUUCGAUCUCUACGAUAAUAUUCAAGCCAAAGUCUCUGGUCCCAAUGUUAAUGACUUAGCUCCCAUUCAGUCCUACGACGAACUCGCCCUUACGAAUAUAAUGCGAGAUAAUAUUACCUGCUCUCAGUACUCCCGCCCUACCCCAGUUCAGAAGUACGCCAUUCCCAUAAUCUCUGCCGGACGAGAUCUAAUGGCGUGUGCACAAACGGGCUCCGGAAAAACGGCUGCCUUUUUAGUUCCCAUUUUGAAUACCAUGUUUGAGCAAGGUCCCGGCCAUUCCAUUUCGGCCUGUCUUGAAACGAACAAGCGGAAACAGUUCCCUGUCGGUUUGAUCCUUGCUCCAACAAGAGAACUUGCAUCUCAGAUCUAUGACGAAGCCCGUAAGUUCUCAUACAGAUCCAAAGUCAGGCCAUGCGUCGUUUAUGGUGGGGCCGAUAUGCGAAAACAGCUUCUUGAGUUGUCAUAUGGUUGCAAUCUCUUAGUCGCAACUCCUGGACGUUUGCUGGAUGUGAUAGAGCGCGGCAAAAUCGGCCUCAAUCAUGUUAGGUUUCUUGUAUUGGAUGAGGCCGAUCGAAUGCUUGAUAUGGGUUUCGAGCAACAGAUUCGGCGUAUUGUUGAGCAGGAUCACAUGCCGCCGUGUGGGACUAGACAGACGCUGAUGUUCUCCGCCACCUUCCCCAAGGAGAUCCAAAUCUUAGCCCAAGACUUCCUGAGUAACUACGUCUUCUUGACAGUCGGAAGAGUAGGAAGUACAAGUGAGAAUAUCACACAGACUCUUCUUUGGGUUACCGAAAGCCAGAAGAGAGAUGCUCUCGUCGAUCUUCUUGCAGAUUCAGAUCCCGGGGAUCGUACCCUCAUAUUUGUGGAAACUAAGCGAGGUGCUGACGCUUUGGAAGAAUAUUUGUACCAGGAAAAGUAUUCUGUCGCCAGCAUUCAUGGUGACCGCACUCAGGAAGAUCGUGAAUUGGCGCUUCGGUACUUCCGUUUGGGUGUAACACCGAUACUUGUCGCAACGGCCGUCGCCGCUAGAGGCUUAGAUAUACCCGAUGUUAAACACGUCAUCAAUUACGAUCUUCCGUCAGACAUUGAAGAGUAUAUUCACAGGAUCGGGCGUACUGGAAGAGUCGGAAAUUUGGGGAAAGCGACGUCAUUCUUUAACGACAAGAAUCGUAAUCUGGCAACCGACUUGAUUGAACGACUAGAAGAGGUUAAUCAGUUCGUUCCUCAAUGGUUGAGGUCCAUCGGUGAGGAACCGACUCGUCAUCAACCGUCUAAUCGAGGCAGACGCCGAGGUGGUGGUUUCGGCGGCCGUGACUACCGUCAACAACAUGGCCGUGGUGGUGGAGCGCAGUCCGGUGGAGGUUUUGGCUGUCGCUAUGGCAAUUCGGGUGGAGGAAUGAUGAAUUUCAAUGGUGGAGGCGGCUACUCAAAUUUCAGUGGUAGCGGUGGCGGUCGCUCGAGAAACGAUCGUGUGGACUGGUGGUCUAACGAUUAG